GGUUCUUCUGGAGCUUUGCUGUUGGAGAGGAGGGGGUCAUGGUUAGCAAAGAUAAUACAAUAAAGAGGACUAUUUUAUUUUAUUUUAUUUUUUUUUGAGAAAAAGUCUCACUCUUGUCCCCCAGGCUGGAGUGCAAUGGCAUGAUCUCGGCUCACUGCAACCUCCGCCUCCUGGGUUCAAGCGAUUCUCCUGCCUCAGCCUCCCGAGUAGCUGGGAUUACAGGUGUGCGCCACCACGCCCAGCUAAUUUUUGUAUUUUUAGCAGAGACGGGGUUUCACCAUGUUGGCCAGGCUGGUCUCGAACUCCUGACCUCAGGUGAUCUGCCCGCCUCGGCCUCCAAAAGUGCUGGGAUUACAGGCGUGAGUCACCAUGUCCGGCCUAAAGAGGACUUUUUUAAGGUAGCAGGUAUGCCAGCAGGCUGCACAGGGAUGGAAGUGAUCCGUUAGAAGAGAGAUGAUGGAGCCGCAAGACCAUCAGGAGUGAAGACUCCGUGUGAGAGAGGAUGGGAUGCAGUGCCCAAGGGGAGGCAUCAUGGACCGAUCUAAAGAAAACUGCAUUUCAGGGCCUGUUAAGCCUGCAGCUCCAGUUGGAGGUCCAAAACGUGUUCUCGUGACUCAGCAAUUUCCUUGUCAGAAUCCAUUACCUGCAAAUAGUGGCCAGGCUCAGCGGGUCCUGUGUCCUUCAAAUUCUUCCCAGCGUGUUCCUUUGCAAGCACAAAAGCUUGUUUCCAGUCACAAACUGGUUCAGAAUCAGAAGCAGAAGCAAUUGCAGGCAACCAGUGUACCUCAUCCUGUCUCCAGGCCACCGAGUCAUACCCCAAAGAGCAAGCAGCCCCUGCCGUCGGCACCUGAAUUUGUUAGAAAAGCUUUGUUUUCCUCACAUUCUAAAAUGUUCAAAUUCCUUCCUAGGAGGCAGUGGGCUUUGGAAGACUUUGAAAUUGGUCGCCCUCUGGGUAAAGGAAAGUUUGGUAAUGUUUAUUUGGCAAGAGAAAAACAAAGCAAGUUUAUUCUGGCUCUUAAAGUGUUAUUUAAAGCUCAGCUGGAGAAAGCCGGAGUGGAGCAUCAGCUCAGAAGAGAAGUAGAAAUACAGUCCCACCUUCGGCAUCCUAAUAUUCUCAGACUGUAUGGUUAUUUCCAUGAUGCUACCAGAGUCUACCUAAUUCUGGAAUAUGCACCACUUGGAACAGUCUAUAGAGAACUUCAGAAACUUUCAAAGUUUGAUGAGCAGAGAACUGCUACUUAUAUAACAGAAUUGGCAAAUGCCCUGUCUUACUGUCAUUCGAAGAGAGUUAUUCAUAGAGACAUUAAGCCAGAGAACUUACUUCUUGGAUCAGCUGGGGAGCUUAAAAUUGCAGAUUUUGGGUGGUCAGUACAUGCUCCAUCUUCCAGGAGGACCACUCUCUGUGGCACCCUGGACUACCUGCCCCCCGAAAUGAUUGAAGGUCGGAUGCAUGAUGAGAAGGUGGAUCUCUGGAGCCUUGGAGUUCUUUGCUAUGAGUUUUUAGUUGGGAAGCCUCCUUUUGAGGCAAACACAUACCAAGAGACCUAUAGAAGAAUAUCCCGGGUUGAAUUCACAUUCCCUGAUUUUGUAACAGAGGGAGCCAGGGACCUCAUUUCAAGACUGUUGAAGCAUAAUCCCAGCCAGAGGCCAAUGCUCAGAGAAGUACUUGAACACCCCUGGAUCACAGCAAAUUCAUCAAAACCAUCAAAUUGCCAAAACAAAGAGUCAACGAGCAAACAGUCUUAGGAAUCGUGCAGGGGGAGAAAUCCUUGAGCCAGGGCUGCUGUAGAACUUACCAGGAACAUGCUACUGAAGUUUAUUUUACCAUUGUCUGCUGCCCUCAAUCUAGAACGCUACAAGAAAUACUUGUUUUACUGAGCAGGUGUGCCUUAACCUCCCUAUUCAGAAAGCUCCACAUCAAUAAACAUGACACUCUGCAGUGAAAGUAGCCACGAGAAUUGUGCUACUUACACUGAUUCAUAAUCUGGAGGCAAGGUUCGACUGCAGCCGCCCCGUCAGCCUGUGCCAGGCAUGGUGUCCCCACAGGAGGCAAAUCCAGAGUCUGGCUGUGGGGAAAGUGACCACUUUGCCUGACCCGAUCAGUUAAGGAGCUGUGCAAUAACCUUCUGAGUCCCUGAGUGAGUGUGUAACUUAUUGGGUUGGCCACGCCUGGUAAAGCUGUUGGAAUGAGUAUGUGAUUCUUUUUAAGUAUGAAAAUAAAGAUAUUUGUACAGACGUGUAUUUUUUCUCUGGUGGCAUUCCCUUAGGAAUGCUCUGUGUCUGUCCAGCACCCUGGUAGGCCUGAUUGGGUUUCUAGUCCUCCUUAACCACUUAUUUCCCAUAUGAGAGUGUGUAAAAUAGGAACAUGUGCUCUACCUCCAUUUAGAGACUUGCUUGGGAUACAGAAGAGGCCGUGUGUCUCAGAGCUGUUAAGGGCUUAUUUUUUUUUAAAACAUUGGAGUCAUGGCAUGUGUGUAAGCUUUAAAUAUGCAAAUAAAUAAGUAUCUGUGUC